AUGUGCACUCUGAAGAUAAUAAAACAACAACACUACAAAUCGUCGUACACACAACAAGAACUACCCACCACAAUUUCAGGAGCCGAAGCCGCGAUUCCCAUCGCCUGGGAGGUGAUGAAAUUGACCAAAGCUCUGGUAGACAUCGGACUCUCUGCUAGCGACUUGAAUCAGGAUGCCCAGGCGUGCGCAAGACUGGUUGAGCAAACCAAGCAUGACCUUCAAUAUGCCAAGAAGCUGAGAACAUCUCUUUUCACUUUGACUUCCAAGCACGAUGUCACUCUAGCCUGGAUCAACGGCACAAUCGACAGAACGGAAGUGACCCUCAAGGAAUACUCCAAGAACGUGCCCAAGGAAGACAUGGAAAAGGCAACUCUGCGCGCCCUCGCACAAAAGCUGCAAGAUCAGAAAAAAUGGGAGGAGUGGGGUAAGACUCUUGGAGCAAGCCAUUCAUGUCUCGUCGCCGCGAUCAAUGUCAUGCAUCAAAUUCAGCCGAGAAACGCGGCUGAGGUGGCCAAGGAGAAGAAAGAUCCGAUACGGGCUUGCAGCAUGCCUCCCAGAAGCUUGGAGCCCAAAGCAAAGGAGCUCCCGUGA